AUGAAUCGUUUUGACAAUGUGAUCAACUUAUAUCCCCCAAAACGAAGAAGAACCACUCGCGGUGGUGACACGAAAGGACGUGGUCUAACGGUCUUAAGUAGUCAACCUUCAUUUGAUUAUGUAAAUCCAACCUCUUCCUUGGAGCCGCCUUCAACAAUUACUCUUCACGAGUGCCCGAUAAUUGUUGAUCACAAAUUAAAACAUGGUGAGGAAACUCUCCCGUCGUCAGAUGUUGAAACUCCAUGGUUUGAGAUUCCUCCUCAUCCUACUUCAGAAGUCCCAACUCUUGUUGAGUCCCUGGAACCAACGCCAAAAGAUCAACCUUCAUCUAGUUUGUUUGUUGUUGCUACCUUUUAA